AGUGCCAGUAAUUGCGGAUCAGCCUCAGGAAUGGAGAUGUACGAUGUACUUCAAUUCCUUUCUGCCUUUUCACCCGGGGUGUUUUAAGCCUCAAUUGGUUAACGGAGGGUAACCAAACGCGAGCCGGUAGACUGAUAAUGUCAACACAUGACGCGGCGAAGGUAGAUCUCAGAUUUCUAGGUGGGGAAAAGGAGAGAGAGGAAGAGACAGAGGCGCCAAAGGUUCCUGUCCAGAGAGACGGAAACUGGAAGAGGACGAACAAGAUAGAGAGACCCCAGGAUGUGAGGUGGUCCCAGGAGAAGAAUCAUCAUGGAAACGAAGUGGAAACUGACCAGUGGACUCAGACACCACUCAGUGCCAACAGUGGGGGGAUAGAACAGACAGAGCUAACUUUGGGGACCAGGGAGGAGAGUCACGGCCGACCUGCAGUUCUGAACAGGAACCCCAACCAGACCUGGUUCACAUCCUCCCUUUCCUUCAGACUCUCCUCUCAACACAGCAAGAAAAACGACCUGGAAAAACUAGAGUCCACAGCUCAGAGGGAACACUGUCUACACAGUUCUCAGGGACCUGUAAGGGACACACCUAUAGCUCAAGCACAGGUGAAAAGAGAAGUCUCACCAUCAUAUUAUUUUGUACCAGCCAAUUGCCCUUCAGAGGAAGAGGAAGUGACAUUGCUUCUUUUUAAAGAGGAAGAGGAUUCCAAGACAGCCAUGUUGUCCUCCACGCUGGUGUCGGUUCUCGCCCCACAGUGGAGUGGGAGAAUACGCAGGAACAAGCGGGGCAUGGCCGGUACAGACAUUGGUGUGUUUGGCACGGCAACCAGUGAGUCUGGACAGGAAAUCCAAGGUAAUGGACAGGAAGUGAGCGAGGGGGGUGUGCUUUUGAAGCCGCAAGUCCCUCUCGAGACAGACUCUGUAGGACAACGACGACAACAACAGUUUCUGGAGACCCAGAACCAACGUGUUGGGGAGAGGGGGUUGACCCUUGGAUCACAAGUCCAUGAGAGGGCUUCAACACUGGGUAGCAGCAGAAGCACAGUGGGGGGCUGGUAUGAGGGAAGCACCCCCAGCCUCAAACUGGACAACCCAACAAAGGCCCCAGUUUCUAAGCCUGUCUCUCUGGAUGUGAGUUGGGGGAGGCUGGCCAACAGAGGCGGAGAGGGGGGAGCUGUUUCCCCUGUUUCUCCCAGCUCUCCCCUCUCUCCCGACCUGCAUGUACACAAGGGCAUGUUACAGGCAAGUCGUCAAGGAGCCCAGACAUCAUUGCUGAGUUCCAAACCAACAACCAGUAGCCUUCUUUUCUCUCUGAGAAGGCUCAACACUAUUGCGAGCUCUAUCCACUCAGAGACAAAUAUCUCAUCUCUAACCAAUGACAGAGAUGGAGAGACUUCAAGUCCACACCUCUCUCCAACCACAACCAAUUACAAAGCAUCAGAGACAAUUAGGGCACAUCUUUCCUUAACCUCAUCCAAUGAUGGAGCCAGAGAGAGGUCCAAGUUCCUCCCCUAUUCAGCUGAUCCCACUUACAAGACAAUAGAGAGGUCAAGGCACCUCCCCUUACCAACUUCCAAUCACAGAGAAGCAAAUACACACCCUUUACAUUACAAAGACACAGAGGGCACACCCUUUACCAAACUUCCCCAGACUUCCAGGGCGUAUCCCAACCGAACCUCCCCCAGUAAGCAGACUCUUCUGUUUAGUGGUCUAGAGAGACUUUCCCCCUCAGAGAGACCAGAUGGAACCACGGUUCCCAUCAGUGAUACUCAUCUACCUUCCUCUCCACCGUCCCAAUAUGACCACCUGGAUUUUCAUGGGAGCCAGUCUCUUCCCAGAGUAACCACCCUGAGAUCUACUAGCUGGAGAAAGCACAUUACUCUGGAGGACAGUGUGUCUAAUCCCAGUUCCCCCCUCAGUCCCACUACCACCACCACUAUCAACAACAACAACAACAACACAUUCAGCCUCUCAAGCACUUCCACCAAUGAUAACACGGGUCCCUUUAGCACCAAUAAUAACACGGGUCCCUCUAGCACCAAUGAUAACACUGGUGUCAAUCCCCAAAUCAGCAUCAAUAACAACAAUCAUUUAGUCACCCCCAACAAUACCAACCUAAACAGCAAUACUGUCACUGGCAAACACACACCUCAGAGCACCCUUAAAAGGACUUAUGCUCAAGAUAUCCCAGACCAGGAUUCCUAUAGAAUACUCAAAACUCAGAAUUCCCUUAACUCGAAUGACCGACAUUCACAAAAGCCCUAUUGUUUGUCCAAUAUCUCCUUCAGGUCUAACACCAGUAGCCCAGCUAGCUCGAGCACUUUGAGUAGCCCAAUAAAGUCCAGCAAGCCUGAUCGCUACAGUAGGCCAUGUAGUUAUGACACCAUCUACACCCCUCUGACCGUAUUUAGCCCCAAGACUCCAACCAGCUCUGAAACCAGUGACAUUCCAUCCUCCCUCAGUAGUCAUAGAACCCUUUAUUUGUCCCAUUCCCCGAACCCCUCUUCCAGACAGCUCUCCUUACAAACCAGUAUCGCCUCCACAUCCCUCAGUAGACACAGACCCCUCUAUAGUUCCCGCUCACUCAAUACCACCAGCUCUAUGAGACAAGACCCCCAAAACAGCCCAAAAUCUCCACCCCCAGUCGUCAGAAGCCAGAUUCCCAUAGUGAGUAACAUCCACACCCCCACAUCCCAACUGCAGUCCCCUAAAACUGCUUACACGCCUACCACAACUCCCCAACCACUCCUACUUAAAACCGGCUACGUCCCCAGUAUCCCGACCCGCUACACCCGACCGUUGUCCCCAGACAGCCAUACCCCCAUAUCCCUGAGUAUCCCCACCACCCAGGCCCCCUCCACCCUGACCCUCUCCCCACCCAGCUCGUCCCCUCUGGUGGAAAGGACGUUCAUAGGCAGCCUAGACCUCUCCCCUAAGAAACACCAGCCCCAAGUGGAAGGGAGGGUAACAGCACAUAGAGCGUGGCAGGAGUCACAACUAAGGCUGUCACAGUCUCAUUCACCUCAGAGACCUCUGUCCCCAACCAGACCCCUCCGUAGUGUAGGGGGUCCCGCCAUCUUCUCCUCCCUGAGAUCGGGCAGCCCAACCUGGGCUACGUCACCUUUGUCUCCCCCAACCCCCAGGACCACCAAACUACAAGUUUGGAGGGGAACCUCGAUGCAUAACUUAUCCAUAAUAUCUGAUACAUUGGUGAAGGAGGGAGGGCAAGCUCUCUCAGAGCAUGUUAGCGACCACACUUCAAACGUCACAGUCAAACACACAGGAACCGACUCGACCGUAAUAGGAUCACAGAGGAAGACCGCUGCCCCUCUCUCCCUUCCAGAUUUUGGGAGCUUUUCCAAGCCACGAUUUAGCUCCCCGCCCUAUUCCACACUCAAGUCUUCACGCCCAACACAGGGUGAGGUCACACACACAACAUCACACCAACCCCUUCUCUCACCCCCUACCUCACCCCAACACUACCCCUUCUACGGCCAUCACAGGGCUAGGUCACAGGACAGUUCAAAGAUUGUUGCCUUGGAAAUUGAUUGUGUCAACAACAACUCCAAACAGACCAGUCAAGAAAAUGUUGAGACACUUGUGUACAGGAUUUCUAAAGUUGAUUCCUCUGCCAUAUUGGACACUAUUAGGCCUGCACAGCCCUGCUUUCCUCGACGCACACCAGACACACGAGUCGUCACAGGGAUAAAGUCCAAUGAACUCUGCCGUCUACCUUCACAACACAGCCAGGUGAUUGGAAGUCCCAGCUGUCAAUCAUACCAAAGCUCCAAUGACAGUGGAGCAUUAGCCAUUGAGAAGGUUGUGUGUAAAAGCGAGAGUUUCCCUAAGAGUGCAGCGGCUCCAUUACAAACCCAGUGCCCAAAGAAAGGCUUAUUCUCACUGAGAGGUAAGAGAGACAAUGUUGUUGGUACGCCUGCUACCAAUAUCCCUAGAAACCCAGCGAUGCCUCAGUCUGAGAAACCAAAGAAAGAGUCAGAGAAGGAGCAAAAGGAAAGUAACAAAAUAGACCUGGUGCUGAGUCGACUCCGGCAGACCUUCAGAGUCAAACGUCUCGAUGACGAGAGGACGAAGAUAACACCCCAGCCUCCUCCUGUCAAUGGAGCCAGUGACAUUAGUGAUGUCACUGAGAGUAGUGGUUCUAGCAAUCGAGAAGAGGAGGAAAAAUGGAGGGAGAAUGAUGGCGUUCACAAACCUUCAAACUCUUUCUGGGCUGGCAGUGAGCACACGUCAGAUAUGACGAAGGAAAAUGUUAGACGUGAACACUCACAGUUUGAGGGUUUUAAAGACCAUAAAGAGGCUAGAAACAGAGACCAGCCUUGUGUUAUGGAUCUUCCUCAAUUUGAGGCUUACAAGGACGAAAGGAUCACUAAACCCAAACACCAACCUUCUAGUAGCGAGAUCAGCCCAACAAGGCGGCAGUUUGAAGCUUACAAAGAGGAGAGGAUCAGUAGAGCCAGAAAGCAACCUCCUCAGAGAGACUUCAGCUCCGUUAUGCGUCAACCCUGGGACCCCAGCCGCUCUGCAACCCUCCCUGCCUACAGAACCUCCUCAGGCAGCACCAGAAACACUUUCUCUGUCUUCCACUUCAACCAGAAGGACUCUGAGAACGAUAACGUGUUCCACAUUCCCAGGAUUCCUCAGAGGAAGAAGACCACCUCUCUCUGUGAGCCAGGGGACAGGGAGUUCGGUUCCGGUGAUCAGCGUGGCAGUGAGGGACGUCUGGCAUCCUUCUCCUCCUGUGCUGAUCUCAAAUACGGUCUUGAGGCUGGGCGUUCCUUCUCUGUGACUUCUGUGCUCUCCAGCCGACCUUCGGGUCCUGGACGCAUCUCCUCAGGCCCUAGGGUCAGCAGUGUCAGUGACCUCACUUACCCUGCUCUGACCUUUGGAGAAGAGGUCAUGACUUGGGAUGACUGUAGGGUCAAAGGUGAUUGGACAAUACCAAGGUGGGACACACACACAACCACUGGCCACAAAACCAUAGGUGACAGCCAAGCUGUAAAUGACUGGUCUGUCAUUAGUGACAGGACAUCCAGAAAUGAGCGCAAAACAAUCAAAGCUAAUUUUAUAAAUCCACACAAGGCUAGAUCUAAAUCCCUACCCAGAAAUGUAUCCUGGAGUUCAGAGGUCACCGCCCUAUCUCCAACCUCUACCACCACUGGCCGCAUGUGGAACCAUGGCAGCCUGGAGACCUCUCACUCCCUGUGGGAUACAGAGGGUCCUCCAACCCCCCCUCCGUCCCCUCCCUGGUCCCCAGCCUCCAGACGCAUAUCUCGCCCUCCCAGCUCCUCCUCCUCUGCCUCGCCCUCCCCCACAGACAGCAGGGCAUCACAGGACAGCCUGUCCCCUAGGGGGCGCCUACCCUCCAGGGGCUACGUCUCCAACCUGGCAGUCUUUGAGGAGUCCGACUCAGGCUCUGACAUGGACUCUGACACAACCACAGAUGAUGAAUACUACCUGGCAGGUGAUGGCGGUGAGAAGGAGACUGAACUGUGAGAAGAAAUACUGUAUGGGAUGCAUCUCAAUAGUCUAAAGUGGGUCUGUCUGUCUCCUUUUGGUCUCCUUAUAUAGAAAGGAUACUUAUUUACACACCUAUUUAUGCUCACUAAAAACAGACUUGUUAAGUGUGCAUGGCUCUGGGCCUCCCGAGUGGCGCAGUGGUCUAAGGCACUGCAUCGCGGUGCUAGCUGUGCCACUAGAGAACCUGGUUCGAGUCCAGGCUCUGACGCACCUGUCCGCGACCGGGGGACCCAUGACGCAGUGCACAAUUGGCCCAGCGUGGUCUGGGUUAGGGCAGGGUUUGACAUGCAGGGAUGUUCCUGUCCCAUCGUGCACUAGCGACUCCUGUGGUGAGCCGGGUGCAGUGCACGCUGUCACAGUCUCCAGGUGUAUGGUACUUCCUCUGACACAUUGGUGCUUCUGGGUUAAGCGGGCAUUGUGUCAAGAAGCAGUGUCGGCUUGGCUGGGUUGUGUUUCAGGGGACGCUUGAGUUGCAGCGAUGGGACGAGACUGUAACUACCAAUUGAAUACCACGAAAUUGGGGUGAAAAAGGGGUAAAAUAAUGAAAUCAAAUAAAAAGCGCAUGGCUGACAGUAAAGAAGUCAGCACUGUCAGAUCACAGGUUAAUGUCAUGCUCUUAUCCUGGGAUCCAAAGAGCAGCCCACAUGAACUCUACACCAUAUCCAAGAGCAUGGCACUCUGUUUUUUUGUCAUGUCACAGGUUGAUUGGAUACUUGACUUUCUCAUGUCUGAUAUUUGUUUAGUUAUCAGUGGGAAGUGUACUGUAUAUGCUAGGUUAAAGGUAUUUAUGAACAAAGAGCUCUAGCUAUAAAGCUAUCCUAUCCUGUUUUAUUACUUCUGCAGCUGUUCUAACCAUGGCCUUUAUUCACAAAGUGUAUCAGAGUAGGAGUGCUGGUCUAGGAUCAGGUCCCCCCUGUACAUAUGAUCAUAUUCAUUGUGAUCUGAAGCCAAAACUGAUCUUAGAUGAGCAUACGUGAAUACUGACCCUGUUGUGGUAGAGUCCUGUACCCGGUUGAGAGGUAUACCUACCAUACUCAGUUUGGCUGGGGUCACAUUUCAUUGUCAAGUGCUGCCUAUCAAUAUGCUUUAAGCUAGCAUGCUAUAUGAUAUGCAAGAUAAAUAUCUUUGAAUGUUUUAAUUCUAAUGGAAAUCAGUAUUUUCUAUUUUGGUUGUCUUGGAAGGUUUUCCUGAAAUGCAUAUGUGUGCAUUAUAAACAGAUGAUUGUUAUAAAUAAUGUGGGAAUUACUUUUUGUGCAAUUCAACAGUUGUUUUUGGAACAAUAAACCAGUUCUAAUUCUG